AUGGCGGGCCUUUUCCGGAAGGUGUAUGACUGGUUACUCAGAACUUUCUGGGCGACGGAGAUGGACGUCACCAUGAUCGGACUCCAGAAUGCAGGGAAGACUUCCCUGUUGAGAGUGUUAUCGGGCGGAGAAUUCACCAUCGAUUCGAUUCCAACGGUCGGUUUCAAUAUGAAGAAGGUGCAGCAGGGGCAUGUGACCCUGAAGUGCUGGGACCUGGGAGGGCAGCCCCGAUUUCGGACCAUGUGGGAGAGGUACUGUCGCGGUGUCAACGCGAUUGUCUUCAUCGUGGACAUCGCAGACAUAGAACUCCUGUCGCAGGCGCGUGAAGAGCUCCAUUCGGUCAUGAGCAGUCCGACACUGGAGGGUAUUCCUCUUCUCGUCCUGGGCAACAAGUCUGAUCUUCCGGACAAGUUGACUGUUGAUGAGCUGAUCGAUGCCAUGGACCUGAAGAGCAUCGGCCACCGGGAAGUGUCGUGCUAUGGCAUCUCCGCCAAGGAAGAGACCAACCUCGACGCAGUUCUGCAGUGGCUGGUGAAGUUUGCCCACAGCAGAUGA